AUGGUCUCAAGAAUUCGUGCUCCUAAUGUUCGACAACGUUUUCUUGACAUUAAUGAAGAACCAGAUAAACCAUUACCUUCAUUACCAAUUUCCAUUACUAGAAGAAAACAAAUAAAAUCAUUAUGCGAAUGUGUGGAACCCAUUCUGAAUUUAAAAUUAGUCGAAGAUUUAUUAAAUAAAGUGACAUAUUCAUUAGAAAUAUGUAAAAAUCCGAAAGAUGGUCUUACACAAGAUCAGUCUGCUGCAUUAUAUCUAUACUCACUUCAAACUUCGUUUUAUACGAAAUUUAAUGGUGCAUUACGUGAUGAAGAUCGUACAAAAUUAAUACCGUUUUAUGACUAUUAUAGAUUGUUUAUGUCCGCCCUAAACAAAUUACCAUCAAGUCAAGAUAAUGUGUGGCGUGGUGUUACUGCCAAUCUGAACGAUCAAUAUAGGCCAGGUACCAUCCAUAUAUGGCAUGCUGCUAGUUCAUGUUCAGAUCAAGUACAGGUAACUGAUGCAUUUCUCGAUAAAAAGAAACAUCGAACAUUAUUUAAUAUUAAAUGUUAUAAUGGAAAGACAAUUAAAAAUCACUCACGUUAUCCGAACGAAAGUGAGACUAUUUUACCACCUGGUACAUGUAUACGAGUUAAAUCACAAUCAAAUCCAGCUCCUAAUUUGUAUAUUAUUUCUUGUGAAGAAGUGAAUAAUCUUUUAGCAACUCGAGGUAUUGUUGAUGCAUGGGCUCCAAUGCCUAUAACUACAUCAGUUUUAUAUUUGUUAUGGCUUGAUUCAAAUGUUAACAAGUCAAAAGAAAAUGUAGCAACACAAGGAGACUUACGUGCUUUGUUCAAAGAUGAUUUUCAAACGUUACAAUUGGUGAAUCAUAAUAAGACUCGACCAACUGCAAAGACACCUUUGAGUGGUUAUGAAAAGGAACCACUUAUGUCUCUAGAAGAAGCAUUAAAACCAGUUGAUCAUUUUAUUGAAGAUCUACCUAGACAAAUAGCUGAAGCCAAACGAAAUUGUACAAUGCCUAAAGAUGGAUUAACACAAGAUGAGUCAGCUUCUAUUAUGAUCUAUACUAUGGAAUGGGGAGAAACUUCUCUUUAUAAAAGAUUAAAUGUCGCACUACGUUCCAAAGACAAAAAUAAAAUAAAACCAUGGUUUUCAUAUUUGAAAUUAUUCAUGACAGCACUGCAUAAAUUGCCAUCAUUUCAAGGAGUAGUUUGGUGUACAACUCAAAUCGAUCUCAGUAAGGAAUAUACUAAAGGGCAACGUUGUCUCUGUUGGGUUGUAUCAUCUACAAGUCGUGAUAUAUCAGUAUUAGAACAUUAUUUACAUCAAUCGGGCGAGCGUACAAUAUUCACAAUUAAAUGUAAAAAUGGAAAAUCCAUCAAAAAUCAUUCUUCGCAUCCUGCUGGAGACAAAGUGUUAUUAAUGCCAGGAUUUUAUUUUGAAGUUACGAGUGUAUUGAAAGCAGCAAAUGAUAUGCAUAUAAUUAGUAUAAAAGAACUCGAUUCACCAUGGUGA